AUGCUUGGUCCAACGGUGCUUUGCUCUUCCGCUCAGGCGUUCUUCCCAGCCAUGGUGGAAAGAGCACAGGGGAGAGAGCGGCUGCGUUCGAGACUGGCGCUAUCUGUUCUAAAGAUUAUUGCCACUAUAGUCGUUUUUUCGGGGGUUCCAUUGCUGCCCGGGACAGGGGCAGAAGAGGUGACAUCCGUGUCCCCCGCCUGUACUGCGAGUGUCUCCGAAACCACGUGCACGUGCUCCGAUCCGGCAGCCGCCGCCAGCGCAGCCGCCGCCAGCGAGAGCAAGCAGUCGGCUACGCUAUCGACAGACACCAACAUUCUCAGCGUCAACUGCAGCGGCAAUCUUCUGUUUGCACCAGCAGAUGGCGGAAACGGGAUUGUCUGCUCUGUAGACUCCGGAAACUUGGCGACGUGCAACCUCGAGAUCGUCAGGCUUCUCGCCGGAACAUCGAAAGAGGUCAAGUGGGAAGCGUGCAACAACAAAGAUGGAGGGGAGAACACAAAGUGCAAGUCUCUUUCUGUUCCGCAGAGUGACUUUCCGUUCGUCGACCAAAAAUUUGCUGUGGGCUGCACUGACAGUGGCAAAAAGGUAUGCAAAGUCCCUGUGACCAUAAAGGCCAGAACUAGCGAGACAAACGGUCAGACUGUCACGUGUGCCUACGGCGCCAGCAGCAAUGAAUCUCGUCAAGCCGUCACGCUCAACCCAUCCAAGAACAGCUUCACUCUAGUCUGUGGAGACAAGGGAACCGUGCUGCCCACGAACUACGAGACCAAGUUUUGCUCUUCGGAUCCAGAGAAGGCGAAGGAGACUUGCGACGGAGACUACCAGUCGAUUCUGCCGGGAUUCGAGGAAGGCUGGUGGAAAAACGACGAUCCCACCGCCAACUCGUUCACUCUGUCGAUUCCGGUGGAGAAGUUCCCGAAGGAGCAGGCGAAGAUGGUCGUCGCAUGCCAGCAGGAAAAAGAGAGCUCGGGCAGCAAGACAGUUCAAUGGGAGGCGGCAACAUCCAGUGUGUGUAGAGUCGACGUUACUAUUGAGGCGGGUUCUCCUGCCUCCUUGUCCCUGGGCUCGCGGCACUUUUCCUCUUGGCUUCUGGCAUUCGCCGUCACCUUCGUAAUGGCUCGCGGCAUUUGA